AUGGCUGAAAUCGACCAUAUAAAGAAAGAAAGAGUGGAGGAGAGGCUCAGGAAGAAGGUAAAGCAGCAGCAGAUGGAAGAGCUAAACGCCAAAGAAGAGAAACUUUUUAUAGGAAAUCCACUGCUUAACAACACUGCAGCUUUGUUUAGUGUCAAAAGAAGUUUCCUCUUUUUCUGGUGGGAUAAUACUGUGGUAUUCGAGAGUCAGGCACGUGGGGAAAUGAAAGCACCUUAUCGUUUCAUCAAUGAUACAAUCAAGAAUGACUUCCACAGCAAGUUCCUACACUGA